CCUGCGCGGCAGGCGGCCGCCCUAAGAUGGCGACUCCCAUGCACCGGCUUAUAGCGCGGAGACAAGCUGAAGCAAAUAAGCAACAUGUAAGAUGUCAGAAAUGCUUGGAAUUUGGACAUUGGACUUAUGAAUGCACAGGAAAAAGAAAAUACCUCCAUAGGCCUUCAAGAACAGCAGAACUAAAGAAAGCUUUAAAAGAAAAAGAAAACAGAUUAUUAUUACAACAAAGCAUUGGAGAGACUAAUGUCGAAAAAAAGACCAAGAAAAAAAGGUCAAAGAGUGUAACUAGUUCCAGUAGCAGUGACAGUUCAGCCAGUGAUUCAUCAUCAGAGAGUGAAGAAACAUCUACCUCAUCUUCUUCAGAGGACAGUGACACUGACGAGAGCUCCUCUAGUUCUUCAUCUUCAGCCUCCUCCACAACCUCUUCCUCCUCCACUGAUUCAGACUCAGAUUCCAGCUCUUCCAGUAGCAGCAGCACCAGCACAGAUAGCAGCUCUGAAGAUGAGCCACCCAAGAAGAAGAAAAAAAAAUAGAAUGGCUCUAUCCAUGUUGGACUGAUGGACUGAAAACAUCAUUGUGAUUCUCAGAAAAGAACAUAGACAAUGUUAAAGCCAAAUAGAUUAAGUGGUCAAAAUUUCUAGAGUUCAAAAGUUUCUGCCGGGUGCAGUGGCAUACGCCUGGAAUCCCAGUGGCUCCAGAGGCUGAGGCAGGAGGAUUGCGGGUUCAAAGUCAGCCUCAGCAACCUAAGGAGGCCCUCAACAAUCUAGGGAGCUCCUGUCUCAAAAUAAAAAAUAAACAGAGAUGGGGAUGUGACUCAGUGGUUAAACACUCCUGAGUUAAAUCCCUGGUACCAAAAAAAAAAAAAUUUCUAAGUGUUUUACAUUCUAAGAGCAUAAAGAUUAUUAACAUAUAUACAUAUGACUUUUAUUUUAGAGAUGAAUCUUGUUUUUCUUUUUUAAUCUUUAAAAUAUAUCUGUAGAACUUAAUCAAAGCUGCAAUCUAGUAAAUAUGUUUUUGUGAUGAAACUUAUUUUUUCUUCCUGUAAAAUAAAUGCCAUACUUUGUUAUAUGUUAAUGGUAUAUGUCAGACAAGUUUUCAGGAUAAGGCUUGGAAUAUCUGGCAAUGAAUUUCUAAUGCUUUUGACUGUGUUACUAUGUAAAAUUUAAUACAUUGAUAUUAUAACCUUAGGAGUUUUCCUACUGUUAAUAAAUGUGCUCUAUUUUUAUGUUUAUGUUCAGAAAGUUAUUUUGACUUUUUGUCCUGAUAAGUCGAAGGGACCUAUAAAUAUAUUUAUACCUUUUAAAUGCUGCAAGUGUCAAGUUGUUGUGUUUUUUCAUUCAUUUCCUUCUGCUUCCUUAAGUUCUUAGAGUUAUCCUUUUCUGAGGAAAAUCAUUCUAGAAGAACCUAAAAAGUGACAAAAAAACUGAAACUAAGGAGUCUAAUUUUCGUGCCUUUUAAAAAAAUUCAGAGUAUAGAAAAGAAAGCAACCAGCUAAAAGGCUGGCUUAAGUAAAAGUGCUAUAAAUAUCUUUGUGUAGUAAAACUGCUAUAAAAGGUACAGUUCACAAUGGGGGAAAGUAAGAGGAAGAGUGGUAAUUUUUCCAAAAAUCAGGACAGCAUUGGUUGCCUUUUAUUAAAAAGAUUUUCUUAAGCUUUCAUAUUUCAUAAAGAUUGCCUUUUGUGGGCUGCGGUUGUAGCUCAGUGGUAGCACGUGUAAAGCACUGGGUUCGAUCCUCAAUACCACAUAAAAAUAAAUAAAAUAAAGAUACUGUGUCCAUCUACAACUAAAAAAAAAAAAAAAAUUGCCUUU